CCUGAUCGUAGCUCUAUAAAUCCUCACAGCUGAUCGGUCUUCAGAAAUCCAGGACCUUCAGACGUGACGGCUGCACGACGGCGAGUGGAACCAUUUCAUUCAAUGAACGUUUUUUCACCUUUAGUUAUUUUUGUUUGCUCAUGAAAGAAAACACAGGGGACUGUAAUCAUUUGCGAGACAACACGCUGAAGGUUAAACGUGCUAGUUGUAGAGGGUCUUCAGCCCCGAAGAGGUAAUCAACACUUGUUUUUCCAUUCCCUCAUCCGUUUUGCAGUUGCUUUGCUUUUGGCGAAGGCAGCACGAGGACGGCAGUGUGGACCUACCAUUGCUAAAAAAGCGAUCCGGUGCAACCACAUGCUCACGCCUCUGAAAGGGAGCUGUCCAGUGCUGAACUUGCAUUUCUCCCUCAGAGAAGCACGCCGUUGCAGAAGAGCAGCGGGCAAGCAAAACGACCAAAGCUUUGCGUCCGCUCUGUACGCGCUGUGUCCGCUCUUGAGUCUCGCCACGGAGAGGCCAUCGAAGUAGACACUGCACCGGCGUUGCAUGAAGAAAGAAAUACUCCGUACUGGACGAGUGUUUUGGGGGGUAACGUCAAAAAAUGCCAAGGUCUUUCCUGGUUAAAAAGGUUAAGCUUGAUGAUUUUUCGACCACUGAUCUCGAAAGUUCUUAUGGCAGAUCCAGGACCGACUUCAGCCUCCGGCUUCACGAGAAAGGAUACAUUAGCGACUACAUCAGCCCGUCUGUGUAUGAUGGAGAGACCGACAGCGCCAUUAAAGUGCCCUCUCCCGAGCCUCUCUACGACGGCAUCACCAGUGAUUAUGGAGCACCGGAUUCGGACCAGCCGGACAGCCCCCAGUCGGAGAUCACAUCUGGUUACAUCAACGGGGACAACGCAGUGAGUGAAGGGUACGCGGUAGAUGCGUUCUUCAUCACGGAUGGAAGGUCACGGAGAAAACUCAUCAGCAGUUCCAGGACCAUACAGCGCCACACAUGCAAUGAGUGCGGAAAAACCUACGCGACGUCUUCCAACCUGAGCCGGCACAAGCAGACCCAUCGAAGCCUAGACAGCAAGAUGGCCAAGAAAUGUCCCACGUGUGGGAAAGUGUAUGUCUCCAUGCCAGCAAUGGCCAUGCACCUGCUGACCCACGACCUCAAGCACAAGUGUGACAUAUGUGGCAAGGCUUUCAGCAGACCUUGGCUACUGCAAGGCCACAUGAGGUCACACACGGGCGAGAAGCCCUUUGGAUGCGCACACUGCGGAAAAGCGUUUGCAGAUCGCUCCAAUCUCCGCGCGCACAUGCAGACGCACUCUGCUUUCAAGCACUUCAAGUGCAAACGGUGCAACAAGACCUUCGCGCUAAAGUCUUACCUGAACAAGCACUACGAGUCCGCCUGCUUUAAAGGCGCGUUCUCGCCUCUAAGUCCACUUGAAGCAUGACUUCCCUAUUGAAGACUAUACACUUUUUUCUUCCUUGAAACCCAACGAUAGCACAAUUUUCUCGACUCUCUUCAAUAAUAAACUGAGGAAAAGUAUCUUCGCAUGAACUUGACUUUUUUUUUUCCAGUUGCGUCCACAUAAUGCAACCUUUAGAGUAUAAGGUGUCUGGCCGAAACUCAGUGAAGACAUUAAAAU